AUGUCAUUGAGAAUAGUUCCAGACAAUAACCACCAAUCCACCAUAAACCAUGCUGAGGUUGGCGACAAGGCAGCUCAUGCGCCUGGUUUUAGUGAUAUGUUAAGGUCUCAGCAGGGCCCUGCCAGUUUGGCGUCGCAAAUCAACAAUCGUCAUCCUUUAGAAUCGAGACUCGGAAACUGGGAAGAAACCCAACACCAGACCCGGUUAGAAUCAUACAGAAGAGUAUUUGGAGCCGGAGAACCCAUCAAGAGAACCAUGGAGUUGGGCAUCGUGGAAGCCACCGACUUCAAGCCAGAAGUGUUGGGAGGGUCUACUAUAACUGAAAUGCACAAGGACAUCUUGUUGAACAAGGAUGCGUCUGUUGACUGGGAAGACGUGUACAAGCAGGAUGUGAGUGGAGGAUAUACGGUGAAGGACUUCCACUCGGAGAUGGAGCGUAAAAUGGGUAUUAAUUAG